AUGGUCGUCAGUGACGCCAACGAGGAUACCAGCGGCGGAUUCCGCGACGCUCAAAAGACGCUUGUGGUUCAUGUCAAACAGCUGUACGACGAAACGGAUGAGAGCAGCAACCAGGCUGAGAGCCUGGGAGAAGCUCCUGUGAGCGUUUCGCUAGCCGAUGAUGGAGAGACCCUUUCGGAAAACGAUUCGGGAGAGCCGGAGAGUUUCAAUUUAACAGCCGAUUGCGUAGUCGAUUCGAGCGGCAGGAUGUGGCGUGAGAUUCCGCCGCACAGAGGACUGAAGGCUAAUAGAGCCGGGGUUGCACGUUGGUACGAGGAGGGCCGAACCGAUCGCUACCAGUGCCUAUUCUGCAACGAAAUAUUCGGAGCUUGCGAUUUGAGGUCUCAUCAAUUCGAUCAACAUAAGUAUCGACUUCCUGAAGUUGGAAAAUCUGCAUUUCUGAAGUACAUUCGCAGAGACAAAGUUCCUGUGGCGUCCGCUCUGACUCCUGGAACUCGAGAGGGUACAGGAGCUUGUCCGCACUGUCCUCAAAGCUUCGCUAGAAGACUCGAUCUCCUCACCCAUCUGAAUGUCGAUCAUGGGAAGCAAUUCGUUCUAUUUGAUCUGGACUUCGACUCCGCCGACGAGUUCGACCAGUGGCUCGAAAUAAUCACCUAUAAGUACAUGACGGGAUACACGAAGAAUCGAACUAACGUGGCCCAGUCCGGGAUGAAAACCCAGAUGUACCUUUGCAGGAUGGAGGAGAAACCGCGGAAAUCGAAAGUUUUCAAAACGGAACGACGUGCUCAAAAUCGAACGCGGGCUCAAUACUGUACAGCGCACUUGGUAGUUCGAUUUCUGGAAGGCGGCAGACUUCAUGUGAAAGGCAGCCCAACGCACAUCAACCACGACGUCACGUUGUUCAGCGCUUGCCGGAGCUUGGACGACGUACCCAUGGACGGCCUCCCGGGGUACGCCGCUGUUAUAUCAGCAUCAUCGAGGGGUAUACCGAAAACAACUAUCGAUGUUUGCCAGAACAUUUUCAAAAAAGCAGAUGCCAUGAAAAGCCUCCUGGGGACCUGUCCUGCUCCCGCGAACAAGAACGUUGUGAAAAUUCUCCAUAGCAAUCUAUCAGCGAUGCUCGACCCGAUCUCGUCAUACAAGCUGAAGGCCGUUGUUUUACAAGGAGACUCGGAAGAAAUCGACAGUGUAGAUCAGUGA